AUCUACUCCAUUGUUUUGAUUGGCGAUUUGAAAAUCACCUGUUUGAGUAAUUAAAAUAAUUAAUUAACCUCGGUUUCGUGACUAUAGUCUAUUGGUCGUUGGCAAUUUUUACAGAAAAAAAUAAAUCUUUUUGAGUACAGUGACCGUGGAUUGAAAAAUAACGCUACUUGAGAUGGGUGGUUAUGGUAUAUUUUUUUAAAAGUUAAAGGAUCUACUGGAGUGUGGUAACUGGAUUUAAGGAUCAUCUAUUUGUUGUCAAUGUAGAUUUCUUCUUCUCUUCUAUAUUUGAGGGCCCACGAUCAAUUUAUUGAUCAUUCUGGCUCCUGGUUUGAAUUCAGAGUUUGCCGUCUCUUAAAUGAGUUGCCGUCCAAGGCUAAUGUAUCCCCUCCACCCGGGGUGCUUGGGAUGUUUUUGCUUGUCUUGGCUCUGUUGAGGAUUGAACCACCAGCUAUUUGGAUUGAGGCAGUUUAGACCGCUGGACCAGCCAGCAUAUUUUCGCUUCAAAAGUCUCUAGGGUCCUAUACUUCGAAUACGGUGACAUUGACAUGGAUUUAAAAAGUAUAUAUAGACCUACUUAAAUAUGGUGACUUUUACUUGAUAAUUAUCUAUUAGUUUACUUGAAUGUGGUGACUUUGACUUGAUGAUUUGACUUAUGUGGGGUCAACCAUGAGAAAUGAAUGGAGACCACAAGAAAAAUAUGAGUGCAAAGUUCAAAAUUGUUUUACUCGGACAAUAUGGGGUGGGCAAGUCGUCCAUUUUUUUAAGGAUCCGAGAUGGUGAAUUCCUGGGCAAUGCCAUGUCCACUAUUGGCGUGGAUUAUUGUAUCAAGGAUCUUAAAACAGAGGGAACAACGAUACAGGUAACAAAAAAUUGUUUCAAAUAAAUAUUUAAAAAAAAAACAACAACAACAUAAACACCAGCGGUGUUGAAUUUGAACUAUUCUUCUUAAAAGAAAAGUUAUAUAUAUGUGUGUGUGUAAAUAUAUGUAUAUGUACAAAUAUGUAAUAUAUAUAUAUAUAUAUGUGUUUAUAUAUGUGUUUAUAUAUAUAUAUAUAUAUAUAUAUAUAAUAUAUAUAAUAUAUAUAUUAUAUAUUUAUAUAUAUAUAAAAAUUUGGUGUAUUUCACGGAAACGGUUGUUAAACAUCUACAUCUACACAUCCUAUAUAAAACAUUGUUGAUGAUGCUAUCAGUACGGUUUAAGACGAAGCGUGAUUUUAAAAAAAUGUUAAUGUUUGUUUUUGUUGUUUUUUUUAAAUUGUUUUAUUGUGUUGACAAAUAUAACGUUAUUGUAUCUUAACCGAUAGCAAAUCUGGCAACUUAAAAAAAUAAUAAUUUGUGAAACUUAAAACGAUUAGGUAUUAUUUUGAAAAGUUUUCUCCCUCAAUCGGAAAGCAGUGUCAAACCAAUCACUACUAGACAAUGAAGCACUGAGCGGAGGCAGAAGGAAAGAGAACCGGUUGGGGGUGGGGGGUGGGGCGUGUAAAUGACUUCAGACAAAAGCUUUUGCUUGCACCUCAGUAUCACGCCGAUUUGAUGAGCAGCUGUCCUUCAAUUUACUUCCGCAUGGCCUGCCCAGCUCCUGGUUUCUGUACUGGCGCAAUUUACUAUCUGCAAAUUUAGUUUCCUGUUGGACUGAUGCGCCAACCGAUGUGAGACGGCUGAUCACUGACAUGCACCAACAAACAGUUCGAAGUUUGUGGACAUAGGACAGGGCCGUCUCAACAUCAUCCGUGGCCCUGUGCAGGGCCGUGCACUGAGGCCCCUUAUUCCUCUUUAACCUAUUCAAAUAAUGUUAGAAAAACAAUUAGGGGCUAGGUGGGCCCAUGCGUUAUGACCAUUAUUUCUUUCAGAAGUGGCAGUGGGGGGAGGGGGGGUAGUGUUCAGGCGUUCGAAAAGGGGGAAGGGCAUCUAUCAGCGUAAGAAUUAUGCAAACUGUCGUCCAGAGACAGCUCUGAAUCCGUCGCCCCGCCAUACAUAAACAUGAAUUCUUUCAUAUUGUGUAGGACCUCCUUUGAUUGUGUGCUUUAAGCUACAAACUUAGUUUCGCCCCUGGAAUCUAUGUAUAUAACCAAUAUAACCAACAACAUAUUAUUAUAUACCAAAAUAAAAGAAAAAUCAUAUUUUUGUAAAGUUCAAGAAAAUCAGUUUAAUUACUUACAACUAGCGCCUUAUUUUUUUCUAUAAACAGGUGCCGGUAAUGUCACCGAUCGGGGAAGAAGCAGGUGGGCACCGAAAGCUCCCGAAGGAAAUAUGAGAUGAGUUUUGGGGCGGGGGUCAGUUAGCCCUUACCCAAUGUUCCCUUUAAGCAGCGCGGCUGUGCGGCCGCGCAGCUAUCUCACAGACGCCGCGCAGCAGUUUUCAGUAUCCGCGCAGCAAAUUUCCAUGUAAGUGUGUGUUUGUGGGCUGUAAAAUUUUGCACACACAAAAAUUGAUGCUGUAAAACUUUGCACACAACUGUAUGAUUUUGCACACGAACCAACAAACCUUAGAGGGAACAUUGCCCUUACCUAGAAUUUAUAUGAUACAGUCACAGUGCAGUUGUUCAUUUUUGUGUAUACCUGAAUUUAUUUUUGAAUCAAUCUACACUAAAUCAGCGAGCAACAGAAGAUAUGCUAGUGAAAUUGUAGGCUCACAUGACCUGUUUGUGUUUAUGAUCCUUUAUUUUUAGAUGUUUCUAAAUAUUGAUGUUUUUCAAUGUUUAAUUCAAAUUAUUUGUUUACCCUACUUCAUCGAUACAUUUGUUUAUAAUUCCUUCAAAAUUUUUUUCUUCACUUUUUGUAUUUAUUUAAAUAUUUUUAAUUUUUACAAAUACAAAAAAAAAAAGAAAAAACUACAUCAAAAAAACAAAAACAAAAAGCCAAUACUCUUUUGUAGAAAAGGUCUAUAGAUUUUCUUAUGGGUAUCUAAAACAGUUCAUUUAUUAAAUAAAUAUUUUAGAAAUGGCAUUCAAAUAUAGGAUUUAUUUACAAAAGUCUUCAUAUAUUUAUUAAUGAGUCAUAUAUGUUAGGAAAUAUGAAGAAGUAUAAAUAUAUCACAUAUCUUCAGUAAACCGAAAGGUUUACUUGGAAUUUCAAAAACAUUAUAAAUUCCUUCAGAUAAAUUAAUAAAUAAAGAACAUAUGGCACCUAUAAAAACUCUCUGAUUUACUUUAACAUAUUUCACGCACCCAUCUCCUUUUUCCAACUCAUCUUUAAAAGAAAGAAGGAAAUUUCCGAAUUUUUAUUUAGUUAAUGAUUUUUUUUUAAAAACUAGUAAACAAGAAUUUAAUUUAUUUGAAAAUAGAAAAAAAAUCCUGUACACAAAAACUUGGGGAGCUUGCUACCCACUGCACUUGCACUUUAAAAUCAAAUUAUAUUGCCUAAAGAUGUUUCAAGAUUCAUUAACACUAUGGGAAUCUUAACGCUCCGGGAAGCCAUAUGAAGCAUGGGGCUCCCUAGACUGCUCAGUGUGCCCACGCCUUGACCGCACCACCCUCCUACGUCACUAGCGGGUAGUAUUAGCAGUAUGCUAGUGGUUCCAAUCAAUUUCAGUCUGAUACAGUGGGCGAACAUUACACCAUCCAACUCUGAUCCAUGUUCUCCAUACGUCCUGUAAACUUCGUGACUACGUGAUCAUUAAAAAAAAAAAACAGUGCUAAACUGCAUCAAAAAUAAAUAUUUUUUUCCUCAAAUUUUCACUAAAAAGAUUUGCAGUUCGUCAAUAUCCGUUGUAGCGAAGGCACCAUUUAUAUGUGAAAGCAUCCAAUAUAUAUAUAUAUAUUGGUUUGAUAUCCAGAGCUUUUUUUCUGGUUCUGAUUCUGAUAGACUACGUUGCUGCAACCAAGUACUGGCAUAUUUUAAUUUAAUACCUUCAUUUUUUCCCCUCGCGUUUGAGUCAAUGCAUUAUUUGUGUAUACCUUGCAUUUGAUUAAUAUUCAAAUCACUCAAUUAAAAAUAAAAGUUCAACCAAAUUGGCAAGUUUAACUUUUAAACAAAAAGUUCAACCAAAUUGGCAAGUUUAACUUUUAAACAAAAAGUUAUCGUUGCUAAUAACAUUAUUUUAAAAAGUAAUAAAAAUAAUUAAAAAUGCUCUUUUAUUUUAACCCCUACUCCCCCUCCCCCCACACACACAAACACUUUUUAAAAAAAAUCUAGUUCUUGAAAUUUACGCCCAGUUUCGCCUGAAUUGAUAAGCUCGUAGAAUCUAAGCGCAGAAAGAAAGUUGUCAAAUGGGAAAUCCUGUGCAAAUUACCAAAGAUGUGUACAACGUGGGUUUCAGAAGACACCGAGCCAAUCGCAAUAGUUCAUAUAUUGGCCAAUAAUUUAAUGAUCAAUAUUGGUGGCUGGACACUUGUGCGGUCAAUUGUGACAAUACCUCAAAACGAAACUUGGCAAAGGCCGUUGUCGUACCAAUUGAUCCGGCCCUAAUGAAGACCUCCGACGUGUUCUCACAAUAACACAGAGCCCUAAUUCCUGUUCUAUAUUGAGAACAUUUACAUACAUUGACAUUAAUGAGAUCUUGAAAUGUAUACGUUUUAUUUUGGUUAAUGAUGGUAGUGUCUGCUUAUAAAAGCGUCUAACCGAAACGUCCGCUUAAUUGUGAUGUCCUUUUUGCCCCCCUCCCCCUUUUUUUUUCAAGCCUUAAUAUAUAUUGUAUAUAUUGCUACACACUUUAUUUAUUUCAUACGGCUUGAACGCAGUCACUUGUUUAUAUUAUUUUAUUAUAAUAUUUCCACUACUCUCAACGAAAUCCAUCAGUACAAUUAAACGCUCUUUAUACCGUUCUCAUCCAUUCAGGUUGUUUUUGUUUUUUUUUAGGAUUCUCCUUUUGGGGACGCCCACCAAUGCGUCAUCACAGGAAAAUUACAUUUUAAAUUGGUCUAAAAAACGGUCGUCCCCCCCCCCCCCCCCCCCCCCUUGAGUGAGGCUAAAGCUAACAUUUAUUUGUUUCUAAGGAAUAAACUGGGGUAUUUCAAACUCCCCCCCCCCCGUCCCACUUUUCCCGAACUUCACAAUGGCCCCUUGUAUCCGGAUGUCUGAAAGAAACACAAAUGUAAUGCGAUGCGAAAAUGACGCGAUAUGUCUUUGUUAAACCCAUACAAAGGUCAGAUCUUCAGAGAUAAUUCGUAGCCCUAGAUAAAAUCCCGUAUUUGUACGCGACUUCCCGUGUGAAAACAUGCCAGAUUGACACAAUUGCCGUUCUUGGCCUCCUUGGCGCCUGACGUCACUGGUCCCAUGGCGGGGCUAAGGGGUCGUCCAUUAAUUACGUCAACAAUUUUUAAGCAAUUUUUGACCCCCUCACCCCUUGUCAACACUUGUCAAACUUUCAAUGACCCCCCCCCCCUAUUUAAUUAUGUCAACAUUUUCUAACCCCACCCCCUCCCUUUUUCAAGAAAAAGGAAUUAUAUUAUAAAUAAAUUUAUCAAUAGAUUUUGCUUUGUGCUGAUCUAUUUUAAUGACAAUAAAAUUUUAGGAAAAACAUUUCAUUAGUCUACAUCUUUAGCUUGUUAAUCAACAAGUUAAAAGAUUUUACACUUAAAUUUUGUAAUGCAUAAUCAAUUGAAACGGUUGUUAAAGACUAAAUCUCAUUGUUUGUGAUAUAAAUAUGAUUAUUGUCAGUAAAGCUGACAAUUGUAGUAUAGUUUCUAGCUGCUAUCAUCUUCUCAAGGAGUAGCCAGGUUUGCUCUAUCGUAACAAUUGGCAGUGCCGGCCUUAGGCCACUGCAACCUAUGUGGUCGCAGUGGGCCCCUCACUUUUUUUCUAAUACAAAAUCUUAAUUUUCACUUAUUAUCCUUAUCCCUACCCAGACUGGGCCCCGCGCACACCGUUUCGCAUAGGGCCCCGCAAUUGUUAGGGCCGGCCCUGACAAUGAGCAUCAGGGACAUCAUUUGGGUAGGGCAGGGGAGCAUUUGCCCCAACCCCCUAAUUGGCAGGUUUAAAAAAAAAUUGCUAUGUACUGUGGCGCCUCCAGUAAUAAACAACUUAACAAGCCGACCAAGUUUUGGUUUUGCCCCCCCCCCCUUUUUUUUUUCCCCCCUGAAAAAAACAUGAGACGCCCCUGAUGGGCAAAGUCUAUAGCAGCUGAUUGAUCAUUUUCAUCUUGCUGCACUGAUAUACCAGACAAGUCAACAUCAUCCUCAUUCAACCAUUCAGCACUUAAAAUAGAAGCAUUGUCAUUGUGAGCAAUAAUUGCCCUAAGCUCCUUUGAGCUACUCACAUUGGUCGAAUCCUUUUUUGUUGAGGAGCAGGUGCUAAUUUCUUAUGCUCAAGAGGGCAUUGUCGGUUCUGUUGAACAUGCUUUUUCAACAUGACUUGUGAUGCAAAAUAGUUGUUACAGAUUUUGAAAAUCCAAUCAAGUAGCGGCGAUGUUAUUAUUGUUGCUCACUUUACAGUUACGUAAUUCUCAAAGUAUCGUAUUCCUACUCCAUCAAUCUCAGUUAUCUUGACUGCACAGGACACUUGAACCUUGUCCUUGUUCCAUACCUGCAAAAGAAUCUACAGAUGAAGAGAGGUCAACUUGUGACUUCUCUUGCACUAACAAAGUGUACUAACAUUCUGAUCAGCCAACUGUAGUGCACAGACACACAUUAACUAAAUAUUGUAUUGUUAAAAGCCAAAAAUUGAUAGACUAUGACUAUUUAUAUUCAUUUACACCUAUAAUUUUUUAAAAAAUAAUGUAAUAACCAGUCAAUUUUUAACAUCGAAAUUUUAAUAGAGAAACCAUGAUUAUUGAAGUCAACUAAUCUAAAAACCCCUCCAUCCCCUUCUCAACAACUGUUAAACAUUUCCAACCCCCCCCCCCUAUUUUGUUGACGUAAUUAAUGGACGCCCCUUAAGUAGACCGCAUAUCACACAGGCUACAGUGGAACCUCGGAUAACGAACUAAAUCCNACACACAUUAACUAAAUAUUGUAUUGUUAAAAGCCAAAAAUUGAUAGACUAUGACUAUUUAUAUUCAUUUACACCUAUAAUUUUUUAAAAAAUAAUGUAAUAACCAGUCAAUUUUUAACAUCGAAAUUUUAAUAGAGAAACCAUGAUUAUUGAAGUCAACUAAUCUAAAAACCCCUCCAACCCCUUCUCAACAACUGUUAAACAUUUCCAACCCCCCCCCCCUAUUUUGUUGACGUAAUUAAUGGACGCCCCUUAAGUAGACCGUAUAUCACACAGGCUACAGUGGAACCUCGGAUAACGAACUAAAUCCAUUCUGUAGCUACAUUAUUAACCCGAAACAUUCAUUAACCGACAUUAUUUUUCUUAUGUUGUUGGUCAGUCGGGAGUCGACCAUGACCACCUUAAUCAUCAGAGUUUUUUCUGGUUCUGUUUGUGGGUGCGCAGAUGGCUAAUGAGGCCGCUUCUGGCACGAAAUUCUCUUGUGCAGUAUGUGCAUAGGGGAAUGAUGGCACUUCUCCGGUAGCAGAGUCAGACCGGGCCUUCCUCUCAUGUCUCUUGUGCUCUGCAGCCGCUGUUCUGCCAACUUCAUGGAGCAUGGAGCUCCUUUGCAAAGUGGAACGCAAUGAAGUUCGAUCCUUUGCUUGUUCCUCCCACGUGUCUGGGUUUAUGUUGAACGCUUUCAGUGAGGCUUUUAUGCUGUCUUUAAAGCGUUUUUUUCUGUCCGCCAGCAGACCGCUUUCCUUGUUCAAGCUCACCAUAGAAAAUUCUUUUGGGAAGACGGUCAUCUGACAUUCUCACAACAUGUCCCGCCCAGCGAAGCUUGGACUUCAUCAAGAUUGUGAAGAUGCUGGGGAGACCUGCCCGUGUGAGCACCUCAGUGUCUGGGAGUGUCCUGCCAUUUAAUGUUGAGGAUUUUUCUGAGUAUUGUUGUAUGAAAGUGGUUCAGCAUUCUUGCAUGGCGUCGGUAGACCUUCCACGUUUCACAGGCAUAUAGAGAAGCGUAGGGAGAACAGCCGCCUGAUAUACUUUCUUAUAGAAAACACAUGUAUUUUUAAUCAAUCUAUUUCAGCCUUAGUAAUCUGAUAUUUCUUUUUUUUUUUUUACAUUCAUUUUUAAGCGUUUUUUUUUUUUCUAAAAUGAAAAUAUAUUUAAUGAACUUAUAUAUUUUUAAUUAUAGACAUAUAACACUAAAAAAUAUUAAACAAAAUUGUUUUUUUUUUCUUUUUUUUUUUUUUUUUUUUUUUUUUUUUUUUUUUUUUUUUUUUAUAUUUUUUUUUAAGUUUUUUUUUUUUUUCUAAAAUGAAAAUAUAUUUAAUGAACUUAUAUAUAUUUAAUUAUAGACAUAUAACACUAAAACAUAUUAAACAGAACUAACAUUAAUUAUCAUGUUUUCAUAUGAUAUUACGUCUUAGCUUUAACACUAAGACGAUUCCGUUCCUGACUGUAUCACUUUUCUCUUAUGCUGCGAUUAAUAUGAGGACUAAAAUAGCACACACAGUGCAAACAAAACAAAAAUAAUAAAAAUUAGCGUUUUUGAAAACACAGUAUUCAGACAACGAUGUUUACUGCAAACCGCGCCAAAGUAUCACUGAGCCAGUGAGAAUGCGUAGUCAGACGUAAGAGUAUUUUUGUAAACCGAAGUGCUUGUUCGUUAACCGAUCUACUCGUUAUCCAAGGUUCCAUUAUGUCAUAGUAGCAGAGCAGUGAAUAUAGUUCUAUUACUACACGAUUACUAUUACUACCAUUGUAUCUUUCUCGAAUGAAGCUAUCACUCUGGGACACGGCUGGCGUAGAGAAAUACAGGACGUUGACCCAAAACUUCUACAGGAACGCGGAUGCCGUGUUGUAUGUCUUCAGCGUGAACGAGCCCACUUCUCUACUCUGUCUUAACCAAUGGGAAGAGGAGGUGAAACGCUGUUCUCCAUCGGGUAAUUCUUCAAUCUUGUCGUUAAUGUUAAUUAUUACUUAGAGCAGUGGUUCUCAGCCUUCCUAAUGCCCAAUGCCGCGAACCUUCAAUGCAGUUCAUCAUGUUGCGGUGACCCCCAACCAUAAAAUUAUUUUCGUUGCUACUUCAUAACUAUGGGGUUUCCCGAUGGUCUUAGGCGACCCCUGUGUGAGGGUCGUUCGACCCCCCCCCCCGGGGUCGCGACCCACAGGUUGAGAACCGCUGAUUUAGAGUUAAUGAUUUUAUCAGUUCCGUGGCGUUUGUCAGAUUAAGUGGUUAAGAUUUAAUCUAAGAAUUUCUGUCUAAUGUCACAAUGCAGUUUAUUAAAGCCAUCGGAAUGGAAAGUUUCUUUGAUUACCAUUAAUCUACAGUGACGUAACUAGGGUUCUUGCCACCCGGGGCGGACCAAGAUUUUUACCACCACUUUCACGAAAAAAAAUACUGUGGUUGGCCGGAAAUGCCGCCCCUAUAUAAAAACCAAACAAAUGAAUAGACCACCCCUUACUUCACCACUGCUUACAAUGCCCUAACUUGCAGACUUCAUGGUUAGCCCAUCGUCGAUAAUGAGGGAGCGUACAUGACAAGUACUUGGUAGAGUUUUUUUGUUUACAUCUUUUGCCUUUGUGGAAUAUAGUCAUUUUUUCUGUCAACCUUUCCAAUUAUCUUUAUUUUCGUGGGUUUUUUUCGGGGGGGGGGGGUGUCGCAUAAAGCUUAUAUAGUGUUGAAUCCACUCCAUUAAAAUCUACUGUAAGCUAUUAAAAUACCGGUAGUAUAGUGUUUCCAUAGAGCAGAUAAGUGAAACUUGAUUGUUGGAGAGGGUCGCAAUAUCAUCCAAAAAAAUCUAAUAAAGUUAAAUAGUCAUGUCCUGUCAUUUUGGGAAAGUACUAACACUUCCUACUUUCAUUCAAUGAUUUGCGUUAGGCCUUCAGAAUCUGAAUUCGUUUCAUUAUCAAGCUUGAUAUAACUCUCAUACAUUAUUAUACAUUUUUGAUGUUUUUGUUUUUUUGAUAAUGUUUUAAACCCAGUGUAAUGAUUUUCUUCAGCUCUUCGAUUCCUAAUUGGCAACAAAGCAGAUUUAAGUUUGUUCAUUACCAGGGAAUUGAUGGAAGGAGAGGCCAGAAAACUCAACUGUGAAAGUGUUUUUAUUAUGUCUGCUAAAACGGGUGAGUCAUCAAAUUCCUGGCUAAUUCUUUGACAUAUUCAUUCACAGCCAGUGCAGUUUUUAAGUCCAGCUGUACAGAAAAAAACAACAUAAAACGAUAAAAGUAUUGUUUGAUAUAGAAUAACAAAUCUUUGCAGCUACAAUCUCUAGAAAUGUGUUUUGUUUUCAGGUAAUGGAGUUGUUGGUGUUCUUGAAACGGUCUCUAAACAUCUGUUGUCUUUUCACAAAGAAUCAAGAAACAAAGAUGAAAUCUUUUUUUCAGAUGAUAGCAUUCAUGUCAACCAAGGACAGGUGAAGAAAUCUACUUGCUGCUAGCUGCUUGUGCCCGACAUGUCUAGACACGGUACUCGGCUAGAGCUGAGAGAAAGACACGAUACCGAUGUAACAAGAAAUGGACUAUGUCAAAUUUGCUUAGGUUUUCUUAUCAUUAUAUUAGGUCAACAAGGAGAUAUUUGCAAAUUGGCACAAACAUAAAAACGUUAAUCUAAAAUAGUUCAUUGAUAUUGACAGAUUUUGUCGGAGGGCAUCCAGUCUCUAUUAUGAGAAUGUUAUGUUUAAAAAGACAACAUGAUUGAAUGAUUUCUUGACAAUGUGUGUACAAUCAGUGUUAUUUUAACUGAACUUCCACUGAUUAAAAUUAAGUUGACUAAAUAAAAAAGUAUAUGGUACGUGAAAACGUGAUAAAUGAAACAAUUUCAAAGAAACCAUGUCUGCCAUACACCUUCUUUAGCAAACAGGAGAGGAGAAGGAAAAAAGUAUAUGAAGUUUAAAAUAAAAUUAGCUCAAAGAAAUUGAAGUACCAGCUUCAAAAUGUGACUUUUUUGUGUGGAUUGAUUGAAUACUUAUAUAGCUCUUGUAUCCAUGAUAUUUUAGCUUGCUUACAGCGCUCUGAUGUUAUGAAUAUUGGUAAUGAAAUAAAUAAUUAUAGCUUCAAUGUAAAUAAAUGGAAGUUGGAGUAGGAUUGAUGAAAACAGAAAAAAGGGCUGAGGAAAUGAGUCCCACAAAAUAAUAAUUUUGAAUAAAAUUUAAAAUAUUU